GUUCCCGACAGCCGCCAAGUCAACACCAGCUGCUCCUCACACUCACCAUGUGCCGCCAACUCCUGACAGCUCUUGUGGUGGGCGUGGUAAUCAUGGGCGCACUGGAGAUGGGCGGCGCAGAGGCCAAACCAGACCCCACUCAGCUUGCCCAAAUGGCUGACGUUAUUAAGUACCUGCAUGAGCUGGACAAGUAUUACUCCCCGAUGUCCCGACCCAGCCCCCGCUCAGCCCCGGGACCCGCCUCGCAGAUUCAAGCGUUGGAAAACACCCUUAAGUUCCUACAGUUGCAGGAGCUUGGCAAAAAGUACUCUCACGUGACCAGACCGCGAUUCGGGAAGCGUAGCGAGAUGGUGCUGCCUCCUGGUGACGCCCUGGUGAGUGUGCGCGACCAACAGGUAAUACUUUAAGAUGGAGGCAAGUGAGAGGCUGCUGGAGACACUGGCAAGGAGGCGGUGAGCACAUCGUCUAUAUGAGCUUAGCCUUCACAUGGCAUCGCUCACUACCACUACCACCACCAUCACCACCACCACCGCCGCUUCUUUUUCUCUCCUCCCCAUUGAGUUUAGGUUCCGCACUCAAUCGUCUCUCUGUCUAGUGUUCGUGUACCGCUGGUAUCUCUUCGCAUCGUGUUGGUGGCAGACUUGGUGUAUAGCUACGUAUGUUUACCUAUGCUGGUGACGUGUACAGGUGUUCCAUCCUUGUCUUACUAUUAUUAUUAUCAUUAUUAUCAAUUGUGUGAGGAGUCUUGUUUGUGGCGUCCGUUCAUCUAUCUACUCUCUCUCUCUCUCUCUCUCUCUCUCUCUCUCUCGUAUUCACUCACUUGACGCUGGUGCUACUGUCCUAUCACCUCAAAUCAACAAGACCACUUCCUCAACCUCCAACACGUGGCUUCAUGGAGCAACACCUUGUCCACGGCGCCUCCAGGACAUCUCACACGCCCUCUAACGGACCCCACAUGCCUUCACACUCUCUAUAACACGUCCCCACCAACACCUAGCUCCUGGUCACACGCACCCCACUAAAGCUAAGACAAAGGGAAGGGCUGUGUGACGCGCCCGGUGUUCAGAGGUCCUUCGUCACCCACAUGUAGUAGAGAAAAGGUCAUGAGAGAGAGAUUCAGCCCCAAAUGUUCACUAGGUGCGCCAUACAGAAUUGAACUUGCUUCCUUCCCGUUCCAGCAGCCCGCCAGCCAUGUACUUCUUCGGCUUCCUCCUCCUCUUCCUCUCCUGCUCCAACCAUCUCUUCCUCCCGCGCCUACAGUGUAAUUUGUGACAUCCAGGAGAAUAAACAAUAAUGCACUUGGUGUAUUAAAUGUACUACAGCA